GCUGAUAUUUCUGUAAUUGACAGUUCAGUUAGGUUGGCAUUUCUGCUGUUAUGCAAGCUUAGCCGUCAAAUCUGACAUUUGACAAUCAGAGAAAUUUUCCCACUUCUUUAAGCAUAAGCGUAAGGAAGAUAGUAAAAUGUCGGCUGCAGCUAGUGCCACUAGAAAGCAGGAUAUGCCCCCACCGGGUGGCUAUAAGAAAAUUCCAUAUCUGCGUGUUCCAGCCAAGAGUUAUUUCACAGGCUUUCAAAUGCUGGCCGGAUACGCGGUUGUUACAGCCGCAGGAAUGUAUGUGUACUAUUUGACUGCCAAGCAAAUUCAUCGUGAAGAGAUAGAAAAUCGUUCUGCCCAAAAUGUCAUAUAUCCCUUGCUUAUAGCAGAACGAGAUCGUGAAUUUCUGAAGCAACUGCGCCGUAAUCGCGACGAAGAAGCCAAAUUAAUGGCAAAUGUGCCCGGUUGGGAGGUUGGUACUUGGUAUGGUGAGCCCGUCUACAAGACCCUUCCUAAAGAUACCCUUGUAACUCCCCUAUUCAAGGAAUUCUAUGCUCAUACCGAUUAUAAAUCCUACGCCAAGCGCGCCCAUCUGAAAUUGUGGUCUUAAGCACUUUUUCACUCUUUAUUUUUAACGCCAUUCGGUAAAAAUCGAUAUAAAUCUUCGAAAUUGGAAUGGAUUAGCCAAUAAAUAAAA